AUGGCGGAGGUUGAUGAGACCGACGUGAUGAUGAGCUAUCACGGAGAUUUCUUAAAAAGCGACAGAAAGAACAGUCGCUACCCAUUCUGUAUUGUUUGGACUCCCAUUCCCAUUUUAUCGUAAGAAGCUAGCACGGCUUAUUUUUCUUGGAUUUGCCAAUUUAACGCGUUACGUUAAUUUGACAGGCUGUUAUUCAACCCUUAAACGGAUAAGAGAAAUAAACCAUGUUUGUUUAUUUACAUUUGCAGCGGUUUUCCUGUUACACAAUGAAAGUGUGCAUUAAUCUACGUAAUAAUAUAAGGUGAUGUUGUUUUGUGCUGUGUGCUAACUGCAGGUGGGUGCUCCCAUUUAUCGGUCACAUGGGUAUAUGCACCUCUGCUGGAGUCAUAAGAGACUUCGCAGGAUCCUACUUUGUUUCUGUGAGUGCCCUUAUGUUAAAUCUGAGUUUAAUAACAACCUCAUUGGACAAUACACGUUAUCCUCGGAAGAAACAUAAAAAUCUGCUGAAUUAAUAAUGAGUGUGUUUUGGGACUUUAUUAAAUUCCAUCAUAAUCACCUCAGUCCUGAAUAGUACUUGGACAUCUGCUGUAUUUUCAGUAAAAUAUUUAUAUCCCUACCGAAGAGGAUCUUUAUUGUUUAAUAUAUGAAGGCUAAAGUUCACAUUUAUUUUCAUUUUAAAUCUAGGAGGACAACAUGGGUUUUGGCAGACCUACAAAGUAAGUUUAUUUUGGUUAGCUGUUGUGUUUUGAUCCUGUUUCAAUAACUUCAUCAUACAUUCCACCAUUAAAUAAUUAUAAUGAAUGUCUGGAAUAUCGUAUUGCAGAUAUUGGAAGCUUGAUGUGGAUAAAGUGUGUGGCAAUGGUGCUGCUACAUGGGACAAAGCGGUAUAUGAUGCAUCUGAGGAAUACAAGUGUCGACCGGUGAGACACUAUUUAUGUUCUUCAUUUGAAUGUUUUUAUUCACAUUUUUAUGCACAGCGUUGAAAGUUUUGUUGUUGUUUUUGUUUUUUUCUUUGGUCUGAAGCACAAUUUGUGCUUGGAUAACUGUCAUUCUCACGUUGCCAUGGCCCUCAACCUCAUGCGGUAUGACAACAGCACAUCAUGGAACAUGGUGAACCUGUGUGCGCUGUCUCUUAUUCAUGGGAAACAUGUGAGGUAAGCAGUUUGACCUUACAGGGCUGCUUUUAUUACCACUAAGAACAGUUCACAUGAAGAAUCGGAGUUUAGGUAGAUUUACAUCUUGUUCAGGAGUUUCCAGCACAUUUUUGCUGUCAUGUUUCUUUAAAAAAAGACUAGUAAUUCAAGACAAAACAGCACAUAUGGUAGUUUAACCCUUGUGUAACCCUGAGAUGUACAUCCUUUCUUUACGGUCAGUGGCUAAAAACAGCCACUGACAUUGACUGCUGUAAAAACAUAUUGGAUUCAUAUUUUUUACAGAUUGUUUUCAUAUAUCUCUUAAUUAACUUCUGCUCUAUUCAAAACUAGUAAAUGUUUCAUUAAGAAUCCAAAUUUUAACCCUUUAAGGACCCAUUUAAAACAUAAAGUCACUAAUAUUGGCAAAGAAAUGGGAGGAAAAUGACUGAUUUUUAUUAGAUUCAUUUUCUACCAUAUCAGAAACAUUAUGUUUUGAAUGGACCCUCAAAGGGUUAAAAAAAUGCUUUUUCGAUGAACCAUUUACUAGUUUUGAUCAAAGCAGAAGUUAAUUAAGAGAUAUAUGAAAGAAUUGGAAAAAAAUAUUAACCCAAUAUAUUUUUACAGCAGUCAAAGUUAGUGGCUUUUUUUAGCCAAUGAGCGUUAACAACGGAUGAAAAUUUGCCCAGCGGGUAUUUUUGACCUGGUGAAAAUUUUAAGGUCAUAUUCUCAAAGUGUCCAUCAAUAUAAGCAUCUGCACAAAAAAUCAUCCCAUUUGCUGCAGUAAAAAAAAAUUUGCCCCUAGUGGCUGAUUUUAGCCACAGCAUUACACAAUAUAACUUUUUAUGAGUAUAAUUCCUAUCAUGUAUAAUUGCACUACAAUUAGCAGCUGCUUUUGAGGUUGCAUUUCCUGUUAAGAGGCACUUGCAUGGGAAUGAAUCACAAACCAAUUAAAAAGUGUUUCCCUGACAGUGAAAAAGUGUGAGCUGUUUUAUCACAUUGUAGGCAGUAGAUUGCAUAAAUUUUCUGAUGUGUUUGUCCUAAUACAGGGGUUUGGAUUAUAUAUUCAAGGAAACACUGCUAUUCUUUUAGAAAGAGAGAAAUAAUUUUUAAAAACUGCACAAAUUCUAACAAAAUUAACUGGGUUUUACAGACAACUGCAAGUUGCUGUGUUAGUCAAGUUAUGAAUAUUUUCACCCUAGUACCCCCGUCAAAUAAGUUGGUUUUAACUUUAUUAAAAGCGCAAUUGCAAUCACAAAUCUGUCUUACAAUCUGUCCAACAGAUUCUUUUACCCUUUGGUCCCAAAAUGUAUGAGGAAAAUUUUUGAGGGGGAAAACUUUAUUGAACAGAAGAUGGCAGCAUUAAGAGGAAAUAUGGUUCCUAACAGGCCAAACACACCUGGAGCAUUUUCAUCACAAACAUGUUCCCAGUUGUUGUAAUAAUUCUGCUACUGGAUGCUGGUGAGGAUUAAAAGACAUAUGGUUUAGAGAAUUCCCCUCAUUUUUCUCGGCUGACCCACAUAGAGAAGUGCAGGUGUCACACUUUGUGCUGCCUUUGUGCGUACACUCCUACAGCACAGAAGUCCUUUCAAACUGGAGGGGAGUUGAGUAAUUCAUCACUGACAGCAAAUGCUCUCCCUCUGUGCCACCGUUGAAGGUCACCCCUCCGGUGGGGCUCCCUGCGCCGGCUGGGUGGAAAGGACAGUAGGACACGGGCUGGGGUGUGUUCAGGAAGAGAGGGAGGGGUGAUGUGGGUCUUUGGGAGUAAAGAGACAUGAACGUGUGAUACUGCAACACCUUCCAUGUCCUUGUUCGAGCGUGUCUCACCCUCUCCACCACACACUCACUAUCCAGAUGUUUCUCUAACAUUGUACCUUCUGCUUAUCCUUCAGCUGGGCAGCCUUCCUCAAAACCUGGCUUCCCUUCUUCAUGCUCAGCGGGGUCCUCGCCACAUUCAUCCUCACAUUCAACCUGCAGUAG